AUGAGCGAAAGAGGGUCGGAAAUCGUCUACCGAGCGGAAAAUGUCCCGGUUCGCUUCUUCAAAGCAUGUCGGUGGUGCAGAAGGCAAAAGAUGCGAUGUGAUGCGCGUAGCCAAGUCCCUUGUUUCCGCUGUCGCUCGAGCGGCCGGGACUGCAUUUUGGAUCCGAUCGAUGAUGGCCGGCGACGAAAUGAUCGUCGGCGGAAAACAACAACCCCCGCAAGAAACCAAAACACUGCUUCACCGCUGGACCCUAGGACCGGAUAUCACACUCCGGCAUCAAGAGAUCAGGGGUUCUCACCUGCGACCGUGCAAGAUGGUGGUUUUGACACUCCAAUUGACUCUUUACCCGAUUCCACUGGAUUAAGCAGUCUCCAGCGAUCUUAUACGUCUGAUGCGAAUGGACCGGAAUCUCAGCAGCUCAGCCCUAAUGAAAUGAUCGCACCUGCGUCAGCGGUACACUCUAUGUCCGUGAAUUUGCUAGACACCAAUGAUAUAUUCAUGGAAAACUCAGCCAAGGGUGACCCUAGAGGAGAUGUCGUCGCUAGAGGAAUCGUCAGUGAGGAGCUUGCUCGUGUCAUGUAUGAGAGAUUUACUGGCGGAUCGAAAAACUUUCUUCCUCUUUUUGACCCAAUCAGAGACACAUUCGACUCUGUCCGUUCAAGAUCCUUGUUUUGUUUUACAGUGAUUAUCUAUCUAGCUAGUCGCGCAGUGACAGACUUGCGCGGAGACACGCAUAUGCAGCGUGUUCUACAAGAUGAGGCACAACGUUUGGCUGAAGACAGCUUCUUUGAGCGACCCACCAAACUAGAAACAGUUCAAGGGAUGAUUCUCCUAGCUGCCUACUCCGAAAAAACAUGGUUCUCUAUUGCUCUUAUUCUUCGCACCGCCUUGGACUCUGGACUGGAGAAAUCUUUGGACACUCUGUUAUCGCAAGAAAAUGUACCCCGAAGCUCGCUCUCGGCUUCGAUGGCUGAACGUGAACUGGUAUGGAAGACAAGAACCUGGUUAAUCACUUUCAUAUUGGAAUUGGACGUCGCAUCUGGUACGGGACGCAAAUCCCGCAUUGCCGAGGUCGACGUGGUAAAGCUGCGCAGAUUCCUUGACUAUCCACUCUCCCUGCCCUUUGAUAUGCGUACUGUGUGUAUCAUUGAGCUUCAUCAACUUCGAGGUAAUUCUCGUGUGAUUAUCGACAGCACUUCAAGUAUUGGAGAUAUUGUGUCUACAGAACUACCAGCCAUUAUGACAAGAUUGCAAACGUGGUGGACGACGUGGGACGAGAUCCAUGAAAACAAUGGUUUCCAUAUAGGGGCCUUUCAACGCAGCAGCCUCAAGCUUAUGCUUCACUAUGCCAGGAUUUUUGUUUUCUGUGCCUCACUGGCACGAAUUCAAAAAUUAGAACCGACGUACACGGAUUCAAGCUCCGAAAUACUCGACCAGGAUGUGAUGAAUCUGUGGCAGUCCCUUGUGACAACAAUCAUGGACCAAUUAGGCUUUUUGAUCAACGAGCCAGCCUAUCGCUGCCAAUUACCCUGGGCGCCAACGUACCCAGCCCUCACGAUGGCUUUCGUCACAACAUUCGCUCUUCGGGUCGCCAGAUGGCGCCCGAAUUUGAUCGAUCAGAGUCUUCUACUUGAAAGAGCAGAAAGGAUCUGCGAUUUCCUCAAACAGCCCCCAUAUCCCGAUAUACACCGGACUGUCUCCAUCUUUGUGAACUAUGCACGCGCCUUGAUUGCCAGUCAGCGUCCACAGAGUAAUCAUAGUACAGAUGUACCCAUCAUGUCUCAAGGCGAGGGCCCACCAUUUGAGGGAACUGGUAACCCCAUGAUCAACGGCCCGUCUCCAUCAGGAGUGGGUCCCCUCGACGAUCUCCGCUACAGAACUGGCCCAACCUCAAAUCUGGUCUCAAUGCCAAGUAAUGACCCAUCUGCGGUGGCCAGGGCGCCCGUGUCUCGGCUAUCCGGCACGAUGGAAGCACCCAACUGGACUGUAUCGAACUCAAUUGCAGAUUCCUUUGGUCUGUUUGAGGAGGGGCAGAACGAUAUCUUUGAUUUCUUGCCUAUGAUGCCAGCGAUGCCACAGUAA